AUGGCAUUCCCUUUCCUGCGGGCAUUCGUCGCGCUGUUUGUCUAUCGCUAUCUGCGCCUCGUCAUCAAUCUGGUCUCGUUUUGGUCAUUUAAGCCGAUCUCGCCACCAGAUAACCCCAAACUGACCUCCCAGGAUGUAUCCGUGAUCAUUCCCACCCUGGAAGGCUGUGGCGAGGAAUUGAUUGAGACGAUCCGCUCGAUUCUAGAAAAUCAACCCUAUGAGAUCCUGCUGGUCACCAUUGAGGCCAAUCGGAAGAAGGCCGAGAAGAUGCUGAGCGCGAUGCCAGCCUCCAAGUCGCGCAUUCGCCUGUUCACGGUCACCCAUCCCAAUAAGCGGCGCCAGAUGACCCGCGCGAUCCCCGAAGUGCGGACUGCCAUCACGCUUCUCGCCGAUGACGACGUGAGCUGGCCCUCAACUGUGCUGCCCUGGAUUCUUGCGCCGUUCGAAAAGGACGAUCGCUAUGGAGGUGUGGUUACCUGUCAGCGACUACGUCGCGCGGUGGCUCCGACCCUCUCACAGCGGGUCUGGGGGUUCCUCGGCGCUUUGUAUCUCGAGCGACGCAACUUCGACUGCGGGGCUACAAUCAAUCUGGACGGUGGGCUGCCAUGCAUGUCUGGCCGUACGGUGGCCUAUCGGACCAAGAUCCUCCAAGACGAGGGCUUCACCUACGCCUUCACCAACGAGGAGUGGUGGUGGGGGAAGUAUCAGCUUAAUGCCGACGACGACAACUUUAUCACCCGCUGGAUGGUCUCGCAUGGCUGGGAGUGCUGCAUGCAGUACCACCCUGAAGCGGAGGUUCUCACUACCCUCGAGGACAAUUCUCGGUUCCUGAAGCAAUGCGCACGCUGGUCGCGCAGUAACUGGCGGAGCAAUCUCACCAGUAUGUUCCACGAGAAACACAUCUGGUAUCGUCAACCCUGGAGUGCCUAUGCGGUGCACUUAACCACCUUGUCGCCUCCCGCCUUGCUCGGAGAUCUCCUGCUGGUCUGGCUGUGCCACAAGGCGACGGCCGGCUGGGGCGAUGUUUCGCACGACCGCGCCAUGACUUUCCUGUAUCUCUGGAUGUUCACGAGCAAGUGGAUCAAGCUACUUGGGCAUUAUAUCCGAUACCCUGUCGAUGCGUUCCUUCUACCCGUGUCCAUUCUCUUCGGCUAUUUCCACGGCGCUAUCAAGAUGUAUGCAGUGAUGACCCUGAAUGUGACGACAUGGGGUAGCCGUGACGGUGCCGAUGAUUAUGACGCAGAGCGUAUGAAGAAGCGUACCGAUGCCGAUCGCAGAAAGCAGCCCUACUAUUCCAGCUAUCUCCCCAAGUAG